AUGGGGACCCGACUUAACACCAGACUGUUUCUUCAGGGACACAAAUCACAGUUUAAUCUUAAAUUUGUUUAUUUGAGUUUUUAAGAUUGGUAUAUUGUGGAUUCUCCAAAAAUUACCAAACUACCAUCAAAUGAUAGAGGAUAAACUCGUAAACGCAGCAGCCUUCUCUCCAACUCAAAGUUCCUUUCGUGUCUAACAAGAAUUCUAGGGAUUCUGAUAUAAGCUCCAUCGCCACUGAGAUCCUGAUAAUCUUGUGAGGAGAAAGAAAUGGCGUGCUUGCAUGAUCACAGCUGCGAAGAUCACGACUGUUCAUCCGAUUGGUCUCUCUACAAACACAUUGACAUCCACAAGGUGUCUGCACUGAAUGAGGCUGUUCCUGGAAGUGUCAAAUCGGUUUUCAAAGCUUGGGAGCACCGCCUAAGUUCUUCAGAGGGUUUCUUGGAAAGCAAUGAGGGUGAUCCUGAGUUGAUUGUUUUUAUUCCAUUUACAUCUGAUGUUAAAAUAAAGAGCAUUUCAAUUGUUGGUGGUGCUGAUGGAACAAGUCCAAUCAAGAUGCGAGCGUUUAUUAACCGAGAAGGAAUUGAUUUCUCAGAUGCUCAGAGUAUGCAAGCUGUUCAGGAGUGGGAUUUGGCAGAAAACUUGCAAGGAGUUUUAGAAUACCAGACAAGAUAUUCUAGGUUUCAAGGUGUUGGAAAUCUAACAUUGCAUUUUCCUGAUAAUUAUGGCGGUGACACAUCUAGAAUACAAUACAUUGGGCUAAAAGGUGAAGCUACUCAGAUGAAGAGAGAUGUUGUUGCAACAAUUGUUUAUGAGCUAAUGCCGAAUCCAUCUGAUCACAAGACAAAAUCUGAAACUGGAGGGGGCAUGUCACAUGUGGAGUGAGUUUGCUGGCGUUUCACUUAUUAAGCAACUUCCUGCAUGUAGAAGUAGGUGAAGGUCAUGCUAUACAUAAAAAAUGUCAGUAGUCUCUACCUCCGACUGUUUGGAAAUUACUGAAAUACCCUCUUUCAAAAUGUUGUCGUAUACUCGACUUGAAUGAUGUGUCUGCAAACUACAUAUCAGAAGUUUACAAUGCUAUAUAUGCUGACAUGAGUCACUUUACAUGUUUAUGGCUA